AUGGUUCUUAAACUCCAAAGUGUGAUCUUCUCGUUUAUUUAUUUUCCUGUGAUAUUUGGAGCUCCUGGUGAAAUUGCUAAUCAAAAAUGUAUAGAAUAUAGUCAGAUUCCCUCUCAAUUAUCUCCAUAUGGUUGUCCUAGAUCUCCAGUUCCUCUCAUAAUUGGCGGAACUCCAACUUCACUAAUGGAGUUUCCCCAUAUGGCAGCUAUCGGAUUUGGUUACACCGCCGAUGGAGAAAUUACUUGGCAAUGUGGAGGUUCCCUUAUUAGUGAAAAAUUUGUUCUUAGUGCUGCUCAUUGUUUGAAGAGUAGAGACAAAGGUCCUGCACAAAAAGUACGUUUUGGUGAUAAUGCAGAUAGUUAUGACUACAUCAAUAAUGAAAUCUCUUCCUAUCGAGAAUAUUACAUAAUCAACAGAAUACAGCACCCGGAUUACAAGCCACCUUUAAAGUAUAACGAUAUAGCCUUGCUUGAGUUACACAAACCAGUUCAAUUUUCUAUGGAUAUUAGACCAGCUUGUCUGGAAACUAAUAAUUACAAUAUUCCGCAGACUGUGAUUGCUACAGGAUACGGAAAGCAAACAUAUGAAUUUCUAGGAAAAUACCAAUUAAUGAAAGUCGAACUACCAGUUUUAUCAUCAGAUCAUUGUACACGUUCAUUUGCAGUAAGUAUGGAAGAAGACAUGGAUCACGUGUCCGACAUUAGAAGACCAAGAUCUGUUCUAAAAGAUGGUAUAAUCGAUUCGCAAAUGUGCGUAGGCGAUCUCUCAGGACACAAAGAUACUUGCCAAGGUGAUUCCGGAGGACCUAUUCAGGUUCCUCUACAAUGGUCUCCAUGCACCUACAAAGUAAUCGGUGUGACAUCCUUCGGCAAAUUUUGUGGCUAUCCCAAUGCACCAUCUAUAUACACUCGUGUUUCUUCUUACAUUGAUUGGAUUGAACAAGUUGUUUGGGGCAAUCAAUUUAAAUAUCAAUUCAAAUAA